UUCUCGAAAUCUGGUGCAACACGAGCGUUGGAAAAUAUUCUCAAGUGUCGAAUUUCGCGACGUUUUUGAUACGAUUGGUCAUCAUAAACCUCAACUUUAGACUGUUGUCAGCGUUGUGGUGGUGAUUUCUCUGCAUACAGUGUAUUGUGAAGAUAGCGGUGGUUUGUGAACAAGUUUUUGCUCCAUAAAUCUUUGUUUUGUUGAUCAAGUGCUGAUAGGUGUGUUGUGAGUCAACGAGUUAUCAAAUGAUCCUCGUUUGAUGAACGACAGUGAAGAUGAGAGCGGGGUAUUUGUUAGCCCACUUAAAGAUGACGAGACAAUAACAGACUACGAUUCAGCUACAGAAGGACGGCCGGAAGACAAAAUGCUCCGUUUCUCAUCAAAGCUCCCAACCUUAUCAACUGGCAGUUGCUUGUCCAGGCGUAGGAUUUCUGACCUGGCCAAACUGAGUGCCCUGGUUGACAUAAAACCGGAAGUACGGGAAGCUCUCCGCAAGGCGCCCCAGUCGGUGGUGGCACUCGAGUCCACCAUCAUCACCCACGGUAUGCCGUAUCCGCAGAAUCUUGAGACGGCCCUCGAAGUGGAGCAGAUCGUUCGCAAAAAGGGUGCCGUUCCGGCUACCAUCGCUAUCGUCGGUGGCCGCGUCAAGGUCGGCGUGAGUGCGGAUGAGCUGAAGUUGUUGGCCCGCGUCGACAAGGGUAGCACCUUGAAGACAUCCCGUCGUGAUCUGGCUUACGUGGUGAGCCGUAAGCUGAACGGUGGCACUACCGUCGCCGGUACCUUGGCAGUGGCCAGCAUGGUUGGCAUUAGGAUUUUCGCCACUGGUGGAAUCGGUGGAGUACAUCGUGGUGGAGAGAAUAGCCUGGACGUUUCCGCAGAUCUUAUUGAGCUGGGCCGUUCGCCGGUGGCUGUCGUUUCCAGCGGCGUCAAGUCUAUUCUGGAUAUUCCAAGAACAUUGGAAUAUUUGGAAACCCAAGGAGUCGGUGUUGCUUCCUUCAAAUGUCCGGACCGAGAAUUUCCGGCAUUCUAUUUCCCCACCAGUGGAUGUAAGGCGAAUUUCAACUUUAACACCGCUGCGGAAGUGGCCGAGUUACUCAGUGCCAACCACUCACUCGGUUUGCAGUCAGGGUUCUUGAUCGGGGUACCACUGCCGGAGGAGCACGCUUUCGAUCGAAAACUGAUUGAAAACGCUACAGAACAAGCGCUCUCCGAUGCCGGUUCAAAUUCUAUAGAAGGAAAGGACAUGACUCCCUUCGUUUUGGCCGCCAUAUCACUUCAUACGAAGGGAAGAAGCCUCGAGUCGAAUAUGGCACUAGUGAAAAACAACGCGAGCGUUGCUGCGGAAAUUGCGGUUGAGUUGUGUCGUUUGGAAAACGGUGGAAACGCUGUCAAGUCCAGCAGCCAACAGGCACCGGUGGUUAUCGGUGGAUCAAUCGUCGAUACUUGCAUCACAGUGCAGGAUGACGAAUUGAAGGUGAGUACGAAUAUUCAUUUGUGAUGGAAAAAGUAUACAUGGUUGCUCGAGGGACGUGCUUGAUCGAUGCCACU